UUCUGUGAAUUUCAUCGUUCAUUGAAUGGGUAUGAGAAUUUUAGGCCCUGAUCUCCCUGCAGAGUAAAUGCAGAGGUGAUAGUAGAAUCAAUGAGUAAAUGCAGAGAUUUUCCAAAAGGCCCCUGCCUAAUUUCGCGAUCUCAACAAGUCUUCGGCUCAAUAGCAACAUAAUGUCAGCAGAAACUCCGGCUCCGAACACAAAUGGUAGCGGAGGUUCAAAAAGCAGCUUUGUUGAGCCAACAAUAGUGUCGAAUAGUAAUGCUACCGAUGGAAAUUAUCGGAAAGAGAUCACUGCAAAACCAACUGCUUUCGAACAGGUAGAUGACGAAAGCGACGGCAGUUCACUGGACCAAGCUCCGUCAUCAGGAACGCACCCACCGGACUUUUCGCAAUUCGACGACAGCGAGGAUGAUGACCAUUAUCACAGUGGAAGCGGUCUGCAUUCGGAUACAAUCAGUAUUGAACGAAUUCGGCAGUAUUUAUCAGAUAAGCUUGGGUUCUACACAUCGGACAAGUAUGACGAUAAGGAAAAUGCUCCUAGACGCAAAAUACUGGAAACUGUAGAUAUCGACGGUGUCAUCAAACAUUGGCGGAACGGUGGUUUCAAAAAAAUCGUCACAAUGGUUGGAGCAGGGAUAUCUACAUCUGCCGGAAUACCAGAUUUUCGUUCUCCAGAUACCGGGUUGUACAACAACCUAUGGAAGUACAAUCUACCAUAUCCUCAAGCUAUUUUUGAGUUAGAAUACUUCUAUCAAAACCCAAAGCCUUUCUUCCAAUUAGCAAAGGAACUAUACCCGGGUACGUUCAAACCAACUCCGUCACACUAUUUCGUAAAGCUACUUGAGCAGAAAGGACUUCUUAUCCGACAUUACACACAAAACAUAGACACUCUUGAGCGGAUUGCCGGCAUCAACGAGGAUAAAAUCGUAGAAGCUCACGGAACAUUUUUUACUAAUCAUUGUCUGCAGUGCAAAGCUGCGUAUUCCCUCGAGUUUGUAAAGGAAAAAAUCUUUGCUGAUGAAAUACCAACGUGCUCCUGUGGCGGUGUAAUUAAGCCAGAUAUUGUUUUCUUUGGGGAAGGUUUGCCGGAACGGUUCCACGUUCUACCACAUAAAGACUUCGCAGAGUGUGAUUUGUUGAUCAUUAUGGGGACAUCACUAACGGUGCAACCCUUUGCAUCACUUGUCGAGUAUGUAACCGAUGACUGUGUGCGGCUGUUGAUAAAUAGAGAUAAAGUAGGUGGAGGUGGAUUUGGCAUUUUUCGAGCAAUGAUGUAUGGUGAAGGAUUAUGUUUUGAUUUGCCUGGCAAUAGACGAGACGUAGCAUGGACUGGAGGCUGCGACGAUGGCUGUUUCAUGCUUGCAGACAGGCUGGGACUAGGGGAUGAGCUUCGUGAGAUGGUCAAGCUAGAACAUGCCAAGCUGAAAGGAAUUCGGCCGGAAACUAUACCGAAUUCAUCGACUGUGUCUCCCAAACAUACGGUUGAAGCUGUAAACAAUGACACAACUGUUAACUUGGAGAACGCAGUGUCCCACGAGGUUCUAAGUACAGUCGCUCUGGAAAUCGCAACGCAAUCGGAAAACUCGCAACAGCAAGAAAUGAACGACCUUGGGGAUAAAAAGUCAAAGGACGACGACAAUGGACAAAUUAACUAAACAACGGAUACACAAAGUCACUGGUUUUAAAAGAGUGAAACAACUUGGCUGCAUAGUAUAAUCUUAGCAAUCAAACGCCAAUUAUAAAAAGUGAAAUGCCGAUAAAUCGUGCACUAAGGGGACAAGGGGUUUACUAAAAAUUGUGAAUAAAAAAACGUAUUGGUAUAUAUGAAGGAAAGAGGGCCAAUAGUGUAGUAUGAACAGGUAGUGUAUGGAUAGUCUAAUGUUUAUAAGAAUUCCACAUAACCAAUUGAAAAAAGAAAUAUUUUAUAAUGUUGACAAUUUUAGAUCUGUAGUCUAUUCUAAUUUUCGGACCAUAAUGAAUAUUUCAAAUUCCAUUUUCAACGCUAAUUGUGCAACUUAAGCUACAGUUUCUAUUAUUUUUAUCCGGUUUAAUUCAAUAGACAGUGACCGUAGGUUUAAAACAUCUUCAACACUGGUGAAAUAAAUAAUUCUUAUGGAA